CUCUCUCCCGCUUCCUCCUCUCUUCUCCUAUAUUAUUCCCCGACUAUCUGACUCGCUUCCUUCACUCUUCUCCUUUUCCCUUUUACUCCCCCACACUUACCUAUUCCUUCCUUCUUCUAUACUCCUCUUUCUACCCGUUCUUGAAUCCGCUGUCGAAUCCUCAUCCUCUUUCCGACACAUUUCUACCCGUUCGCUAUACUUUGCGGGAUUUUCUCUUUUUCUUAUACUGUCCCGUUCGGCUACAGUGAUUCCUUCCCACCAGAACGAUCAUCAUCCGAUUAGUUGACUUCCCACCCUGAUAAGAAAUCAGCUGUUCGAUAUCUUGUGCGGCAGCUGCACAGCAGCAUCCAGCCAAAAUGCCCGGCAUUCUCCCUAUGAAAGUUAUCAAAGUCGGCAACAGUGCCCAGAGUCGCAUCGCCCAGGCUUGCGAUCGCUGUCGCAGCAAGAAGAUCCGCUGUGAUGGCGUUCGCCCGUGUUGUACGCAAUGCGCCAACGUCGGUUUUGAGUGCAAGACCAGCGACAAGUUGAGUCGUCGCGCAUUUCCCCGCGGCUACACCGAGUCGUUGGAGGAACGCGUGAGAGCGCUCGAGACUGAAGUCAAGGAGCUGAAGGACCUUCUGGACGAGAAGGACGAAAAGAUUGACGUUCUCUCCCGAAUCCACUCGUUUUCCCCCUCGUCACAGCAAAAGGCUAGUGCCGCCGUGCUCUCACCAUCGCAGCCGGCUAAACUGCUGCCGUCCGAUCCGAGCGAGGGCGUUAUCCACGUUCCGUCGGCACCCGAAUCUCGCGAAACGUCUGGGGUCCCCAGUGGUGGGGUAUCAAGCACUCGAGGAUUCAACGAUGUCUUCACGAACCGACUCAUUGAAUUGGGCCGGUUACCCUCAACGGUUUCAACCAAGGCUCUAACCACCUCUCCCGCCGUCCUCUCCCAUUUCCACACCGAUCAAGCCAUCCAAACUGCGCCCCGACUGGUUUCCGACCAAUUGAUCAACAUUUUCUUCCAGGAGUGGGCGCCUCUAUAUCCCGUCGUCCACCGCCCGACCAUUCUCAAAGCCUAUGAACAAUAUCUUUCCACCGAUUCCAUACAAGGGGGGAAGCAUGAUCUCGCGCAACUGAAUUUGAUUUUUGGCACUGCGGCUCUCACUUCAGGUUCACGAACCAAUCAAGAUCCCACCUUCUUCGAAGAGAACUGGGUACCGACCCUGGAAACCCUCUCGAGCGAUGUCUCCGUUCCGACGCUACAGUGCUUUGUCUUGGCCCAGAUGUACUGCAUGACACGGGGCGACUACAGCAGCCUGCUUCGCUACCGAGGGUUGGCUGUUAGCCUCUGCCAGCAGCUGAGACUCCACCAAAGCCAAAAGCGCCUGUCCUCGAACGCUCUGGCAGCUGAGACGCGCAAGAAGGUGUUUUGGUGUCAAUAUGUGCUGGAUCGUUUCACCGCCGCCUUGACCGGUUUACCCGUCCUCCUCCGCGAAGGGGACAUUCGCACCGAGUACCCCGAGGACAUUGAUGACGAAAAUGUCACCGAAUCUGGUUUCUUGCCUACGCUGCCCGGUGAAUCCACCCGGAUCUCCGGUGCGAUCGCGUUGUUCUCCGCGUCGCGGAUCUUGAACAAGACCCUGGAGGACUUGUACCCCGCCGACGGAGACUACGACAUUCCCGUUUCGAAACUGCGGGCGCUCAGCGGGCAACUCGACAGCUGGGAGAAGAACCUGGCUCCCCAUCUUCGUCUGGAGUUUUCGCAAGACAAGCCGAGCACGAACGUCACAAGUAGCCGGUCGCCCCUUUUGUCCCUGGUUUAUUACUUGAUCCGUUCCCUCAUCCACCGACCGGCGGUGUGUUUUGGCGAGGAGCAAAUCCGUUCGCCGUCCGUCCUGGCCCUGGCCGACUCGAGCAAGCACAUCGUCCAGAUCUUGCAAUUGCUCGACGAGAGGCGUCUGUGUCUCUCGCUCAGCAUCAGCCGCAAAGAGGUGAUCUUCACCUCGGGACUGGGUCUCUUGUGGCAGAACGUCGGCCUCAAACGGGAGAGCAAAUUGGUCAAAGAAGGCCAAAAGCUCCUUACGACGAUCAUCGAACUCCUGGAAGCCGUGUCCUCUCCGGCCGCGGCCGAGUUCAGCGGCAUGGCCAGCGUGCUGUUUUCGCUGGACGGCAACCGGCGUCGCAGCUCCAGCAAACCCCAAAAGGAGAUGUCACCGCCGACACAGCGGUCGUCCAAAUCGCCUAAGAAACAACCGCUGGAGACGUUGAAGGCCCAGCUGAUGGCCCACGCCGAUCCGCAGCAUUCCGUCAAGACGGAGUCUCACUCCCGCCGCGCCACGAUCUCCGGGGACCGUCCCCCAACCGGACCGCGCCAGUCCCGGUCCAACACCUGGGCCGGCCUGCCUCCGGAUCCCUUAGCCCACCCACCCCCCAUGGCGGAUCCCGCCUACUUCCCGCCCCAUCCGUUCGGAUACGAUCCCUGCGCGUCGCUCUCCCACUCGGCGCCCUCCGACCCGGCGGCCCCGCUGACCAUGUCAGACUGGGAAGUCGUCCUCGGCGACAUGGACCGCGGCUACUCGAACAUCUUCACAGGGAUCUACGGCGGCAAGGAAUGCGGCGAGGACAGCGGACCGUUCGCGUCCCUGACAGCCGAGUACGCACACAAGCCGGAGCACCUCCCAGCCUCCUUGCCCGCCACGGCACCCAGCGAAGCACAGGGCCUGUCGCCCGCGGCCUGGUCCGCCAGCAGCACAAGCGAUCUCCCAGCGAACCACGCAGGACCGGCGCAGAGCGUGCUGAGCUUCUCGGACGAGAGCCUAGGCGGCGCGGACGAGAAGAUGCCGUACAAGGAUCAUCACCUGCACAUGUCGCCGGAGCAGGCCCAUCUGAUGGACCCGUUCCGCAACGUGAUGGUGCCGACCGUGGACGAGGAGGUCGAUGAGUUUGCGUUGGGGCAUGGGUGGAAUCGACGGCUGGCCGUCUAGACCGUGUU